UGGACGCCCCCGUAAAGUUUGGAGGCCCACGCGCAGAGGAAGCGCAAUCCCCUCGCUGUCCCCACGCGCGCCUAGCAAUGAGGACCACCCACUCGCCCGCCGCGCCGCCGGCGAGGCCGCCUCUCCGGCGCAGCACGAUGGCAGCAGCGUCUCCCCUCCGGAGACCCUCACAGCCGCAGCCGACGCCACCGGCGCCUCCGAGCAUCGCCUCCCGUCGCGCCGCGCUCGUCGCACUCGUCCUGGCCGCAGCAGCGCCGGCACGCUCCGGCGCCGCCGCCGCCUUCUCCCUCGGCAUCCCUGGGCCCAAGGAGCUGCUGCGGGAGCAGAAGAAGAAGUCGGCGUCGUACCUCCUCGCGCCCAUCGCCGCCUCCCGGGACACCCUCGUCAAAUCCCAGGCUCUUCUCGCUUCGCCGAGUGCGUCUGCUGAGGACGCCGAGGAGGUUAGGGGGCGGAUCGGUGCGGCAGGGAGGGACUGCGUGCCACGGCAGAGGAACUCGAUUGUCGCGUUCCAGUCGCGGACUGGCGUUGAGGUGUGCACAUUCAGCUUGAUACUGAAGAACGCCGCGUCGCUGCUCGCCAAUAAGGACCCCCUCAAGGUUGAAGCUGACGCUAGGCUUGGAGAACUCAUACAGUCAUUCUCUGACCUGGGAACUCUGGCGGACAACAGUAAUUUUGAGCUCGCAGAUGAUAGAGAGAAGAUGAAUGAUGGCUUGCUCAGCACUAUCUCUGCCCUCGACAAAUUUGAACAGAGUGUUAAAGAUUGUUUAGGUGUUUAGACCUUUUUUUUGCCAGGUCGGACCACUUUUAUUCAAGGUUUUCGAACUGACUUAUUGUUUUUAUUUUCCUUAUAUCUUUGAGUUAAGGUUUCAUUUGCCUUUGCUCAUUAGGGACUUCUGUUUUCCAAAUACUUUGUUCAUUUGAUCUGAUGUAUGAUAUUUAUGGUACAAGAGUGCUUGCCUGUAAACCAAAACUAGAGUUAAGUUACCAGAACUUAUAACUUAUAAGGAUAGCUGUUCAAAGCGUGGUAGCUGUCCUAGCAGUCUCUAUACCAAAUUUUGUUUUUAGCUACUACUUUCAAGGCUCUUCUGUUGUUCUCCACAACUUAUCAUCUUGUUUAUGAACAUUAUAAAUUUGUUCUAUUUAUGUAUCAA